AUGAUUUCAACAAUCGGCACAACAACAAUUCAAGCCGCGAACGGCGGGACUCUGUCCACAACAACAGCACCAAACUCGUUAGUCAUGAAUCCUACGUCAAUGUUAGUAGAGAUGAAAAACUUCAUUCCUUCUUCAUAUACUUUUGAAACAAAAAUCCAGAAGAUAAAGCAAGAACUUUUAACAAGUAAUUUAGACUGUAGUGCGAAAGAUGAAGAAAAUGAAGAAUAUCUUUAUGAAAUGCAGGACAUUAUUGACCAUUUACCCAAAUUGCCUGAAAUCCAACAACAAAAACUCACUAUUCCUGAAUUCGACGAAAUUGAAGUGAAACCAACUGACUCAGUAGAAAUAAAGAAGUUCAUACGUAAAGUAAAUUAUGAAUUCCUUGGUUUUCAUUGCAACCAUAAGGUUAUGGACAAAGAUUGCGACAUGGUAUAUAAAAACAUUUCUGACAUAUAUAAAUCUGAGGAGUUUAAGACUUACGAUAACUUUGUUUCAUUAGUUGCAAAAUGUGUUUGGGAAAUAAGAGAUAAAGAUAGAAGAGGCAAAGUAUGGAACGAACAAAUAAGACCCGCUAU